ACAUGAAGAACGUCUGAGUCCAAACUCACAGCAGAUCAGCAUCACAUAUACUGUAUAUAUAUGUAUAAGUCACCAUGACUGAGAGCUAUCACACAGAUUUGACGGCGGAGGAGCAGAUGGAGAUCGAGCAGCUGAAGAUGCACAAGCAGAUCCUGCUGGAGGACAUUGAGAAACUAAAGAACCAGAUUGAAAACGUCAUGACAGAUAUCCAGGAUUUCAAAUCAGCAGAAGACAAUAAGAUGCUGGAGAGGGAGAAACGCUUCUGUAGCGGCAAGAAGAAAUUCAACAUGCAUCCUAAAAAGGACAUGCACCUGCAGAUUCUCAAAGCGUUCGUGGAGCUGCACGAGUUUUCAGAUCUUAACCUGGUUCAGGCGUUACGGCAGUUCUUGUGGAGUUUCCGUCUGCCGGGUGAAGCUCAGAAGAUCGACCGCAUGAUGGAGGCCUUUGCCACACGCUACUGUAACUGCAAUGCCAACGUCUUCCAGUCCACAGACACGUGUUAUAUCCUGUCGUUUGCCAUCAUCAUGCUGAACACGAGUCUGCACAAUCCCAACGUGAAGGACAAGACCUCACUCGAGAGAUUCAUCAGCAUGAACCGCGGCAUUAACAAUGGACAAGAUCUGCCCGACGACCUUCUGACGAAUCUGUACAACAGCAUACGCAACGAACCCUUCAAAAUCCCAGAGGAUGAUGGGAACGAUCUGACGCACACCUUCUUCAACCCGGACCGAGAGGGCUGGCUGCUCAAACUGGGCGGCCGUGUGAAGACGUGGAAGAGACGCUGGUUCAUCCUGACUGAUAACUGCCUGUAUUAUUUUGAAUUUACCACGGACAAAGAGCCGCGUGGCAUCAUUCCUCUGGAGAAUCUGUGUGUGAGGGAAGUCAUGUUUCCACGCAAACCGUAUUGUUUGGAGCUGUAUAACCCCAACAGCCGGGGUCAGAAGAUCAAGGCGUGUAAGACAGAGACGGAUGGACGUGUGGUGGAAGGGAAGCAUCAGUCGUACACCAUCUGCGCCGCUUCAGCCGAGGAAAGAGACGACUGGAUCGAAUCCAUCAGGGCCAGCAUCACUAAAGACCCCUUCUAUGAUCUAGUGUCCACCCGCAAAAAGAAAGUCAUCAACAAAGUGGCAGAGAAAUGACGAAACGACUGAACUACAACCACAAACGGACAGAACUAUAAGAGAGCACUGCUUAUAUUUAUUAAAGCUCAGGAGAUCAGCUCUGUCUCAGACGUUUCUCCUGAAAGUCCUUAGACAUACAGAUUCAAAUGAGUCUAUAGUUGUGAGUAUAAACCAAUGAAAUGAAUGUGAAGCAGCUCUGAUCAUUUGAAGAGAAUGUUGAGUUCAUAUUGAGAUCAUUUGAGACAUUGCCGAGAUCUUUUCUGAAAGAAUCUUUUCACUGCCUGUUGAUUUUAACGUCGUUUCUCAGAGGUUUCUCUCUCUAGCUCAGGAAAUGUAAGAAGUAUCAACUUGGUCUCAGAUGUUGCUCCUGAAAUUCAUCAGGAAAAGUAGAAAUAGGGCCAAAUGAGUCACUAGUUCUCAUCCAGCAAGACAUUAUUUGAUGAGACAUUAUUGGGAUGUGUUCUGAAACUCUAGAAAGACACGUGUGAGAUUACUGGUGUCUGAAACACAUUCAGGACAAACACAGUGACUUUGAU